CUUUCAAGAAGUGAUCUUUUUGUGUUCUGCUUUUGUGGGCAUGUUGUAUUUGUUUCUUGAUCGUUUUUUUGUGAGCUGGGGCCUUCUUUGUUCUUGAAUUUGUUGGCUAUUUUGCUUGUUUCCUGCGAGUAGAUUUCUUGUAUUAUUUUUUUUUUGGAAUUAUAUGAUUUAUGUUCUUUGAGGAGAGUUUUUUCCUAAACAGUUAGCCCUGAAUUUAGCAAGCUAGAACUGAAAGUGUAUUUGGUCUAUAACAGUUAACAACACAGUUGGUCAGUGCUGCUAAGCAAAUUCGAUUAAGCCCAGAGAGAAAAAAGAAAAAAAAAAUGGAGUCUUUAAGAUAUGCUUUUGAGGGUAGAAAGUAUCCUUUCACAGAUCACACAGAUUUUUCUCUAGAAAAUCCAGCAAGAAUCAAAAACCCAUUACAGAACCCAGAUGAAAAAUCGUUCUCUGUUCCUACAAACACUAUAUUCAACAAUACCGCACAAUUUUUUGAACAUUGCUCGUCUGAGAUGCCAAGGAAGUCUUUUCUAAGUGAUCAUCAGAGCUUAGAAAGUUCUUACGUUGAUAGGAAUAGUCGAUGUAAUAAGCCGGAGCCGGCCAAAAGAGUAAAAAGUACGAAUUUGCCCUCCUUAGCUCCCACUUGUCAAGUCCUCGGAUGCAAUAAGGACUUGAGUUCUUCCAAGGAUUAUCACAAGAGGCAUAAAGUGUGUGAUGUUCACUCAAAAACGGCUAUGGUUAUUGUUAGCGGCAAACAACAAAGGUUCUGCCAACAAUGCAGCAGAUUUCACGUGCUAGCCGAGUUUGACGAAGGCAAACGUAGCUGUCGUAAACGCCUUGCUGGCCAUAACGAGCGCAGGCGAAAGCCUCAGCUCGAAUCUUACUUUAGUUCCUCAUAUUUAUCGACAAAUGCAUCAAAAACAUCCUCGAUUUUCCCACGAGUCUUUCCCAACAGCUUCUACUAUCCACAAUGUAAUAAUAAUAAGCCACUUACCAAUAAUGCCCCCCUUAAACUCGAACACGAUCCAACUCAACUACCUUCAUACGCAGCAAACAUGAAAUUUGGUCAGUCAUCUAAUGUCCCGAUUUCCCAUUUCGCGAAAAAAGGGUACCCAAACAAAUACGGUUCAGUUCAAGAGUCAUCUGUGGGUUCGAGUAACUCCAGCUGUGCUCUCUCUCUUCUGUCAUCCCAAUCACACGACUUAAUAAACAACAGUUCAAUGCCAGAAAAGUUUACGUCUACUGUGAAUUUUAGUCAAUCUCUGAUUGACCAGCAACAAAACGAGACCCGGAAGAGCUAUUCGUGUCCGGAAGGUUCCGAGACGGUUAGUUUGGUCGAAUUAUCUUCGUAUCUUCAAAGAGUUGAACAACAGAAAUAUUAUGAAAAAUCGUGUCUCUUGUGAAUCAUCGACCUGCACUUCGUUUCGUGAAUAUUUCUUAGUUUCCAUUAAUUUUUUAUUUUUUAUUUUUUCUUGAAGUGAAGUUGUGUAAAAAAUCUUGUGGUUUAUCUGUGAACAAGACAUUGAAUGGUUGUGUGAGAAGAACUACUUUAGAUUACUUUAGAACCAAUCCCAUUAAAUGUUUCUUAUGUCUAAGCUCUUUCUUGAUUGUGUGUUCCAAGCAUUGUAAUUUUAAUUCAUGUAUUUGACAUUUUUACUGUUUUUAGUAAU